UACGUAAGAUCCUCGACGUAUCUGGUCAACGGUCAACAAUUCUCCAUUCUCACUGGGUCCUACUCUCCCCCAUGGCGCGUGACCAAAUUAAACGCCACUUCAAGUGUUCAUCUUACCACACAAGUCCCCAUCUAGUGUACAGUAGUUGUUGUUGUUGUUCUGAAGACGCAAAGUGAAUCACCAUUACAAUACAACACAUUCUCUGUAUCCUAUACUAUUUCUCUCUUUUUCUCUCUCUCAAGCAAAACAAAACCAAAAUUUUUUUCACUUUCCAGUUUCCACCUUCUCCGCUUCCGCCACCCUUUCAGCAUGGCACACCACCACCCUUCCCAACAUCGGAACUUGGAAGCUCCAAAAUCUAAACCUACAACUCCAAACCCAGAUCUCAUCCAAACCUAUAAACCCUCUUUUCUGGUAAAACACAUGUCAAGUCUAAACUUGGCUCAAACCCACAAAACCCGUCCACCCCACAAACACUCUCCUAUUGUCGACACUCAUUUGCAGGGGAAACCUACGACAACCUCUGCUAUGGUUGUCCCAGAGAAGGAGAGUGAUGUUGUUGUGGCUGUGAAGAGAACCCACAAAGAGAAGUCCCAAAAGCUUAGUUUGGAAUUGGAAAGGAGGAAACUUGGUGAUUCUAAUGACAAGGGUGUGGUUGAGGAAGUUAAGGUUGAAAAGAAGAAACCUGGUUUGGGUUUGGAGAAACAUGAUGGCGUUGAGAGAAUGUCUGUGUCUCUUGCUCCGGGUGGGGGCAGAAGGAGAUCCUUCUGUGGGACACAGGCUGAUUUAAGAGAUGUGUUUGCAAUCAAUGGGGCGAAAAUGGUUUCUGUUGAUAUGCCACCGUUUAUGCAGAUCCACGCUGUGAAUUGUGCCAGAAAUGCUUUGGAUAGCAUGGAGAAGUUCACAUCCAAGACCCUUGCAUUCUCCCUCAAAAAGGAAUUUGAUGGAGUGUAUGGGCCGGCAUGGCACUGUAUUGUGGGGACUAGUUUUGGUUCUUUUGUGACUCAUUCCGUUGGAGGUUUUCUAUAUUUCUCCAUGGAUCAAAAACUAUACAUUCUCUUAUUUAAAACUGCAGUGCAAAAAGCAGGUUGAAGGAGGUGAAUUCUGCAAUGGACGGAAGAAUUUUUGGAUACACUUAUGUUACAGAGAAAAGGCUUAGAGUAACAGCAGCUGCAGCCUCUGUACAUUACUCCAGUUUAGAAAACUAUACACUACUUUGUUUCAGUUUAACUCUACCUCAGUGGUUCUAAAGAUGUUAAUGCCCUGUAACAAAUGGAGCUAAUGGAAGAGAAGAAAAGAUCAAUCUUUUUGACUGAAAUCACUUUCGGUUGUACAAUUAUUGAAAUUCUAAUCUUUAAAUUGUUUCAUACAUUUUUAAUUGUAUCUACAAAAUAUGAUGCGUACAUUUUACAUCUAAGUUUUAUUCACAUUUA